UUCUUUUUUUCUUUUCUUGGGGGGUUGGAGGAGGGGAGGUUUGGUUUGCACUCAGACGAAGGAGGUCGUCUUACAGACCAGUUAUGGAGGCUCCACUAUUGAAAGUACUGGAAGCUUUUCUUGUCUUUUUUGACCCAAGAGAGCAUCACCUGGGAGAGGAGUGAUUAUCUCUACUUUCUGCUUUUAUUUCUGUUUUAUUCCUUUGUUUUAAUUUUACCUGUGAACAAAAAAGAGGCUUUUUUGUUGUCAAGAAAGGACAAAAACUACCUGAACUCAUUGUCCAGAUCUGCUGUGAGUUGGAUCAAGUUAAAAAGCUCUGCUCAUGUUUUUUUCUGGAUUCACCUUUUUCCUCUAAAAUCCAACAAAGAAAAUCUCCCAAACUCACGAGAACUUUUGCAUUUUCCUGUUCUACUCGCCUCCAUUUGCUCUGCUUCAAAGCUGAAGAACUUCUAGUUAUUUGUUCUUUUCCUGGAGAGCCUCUUCCUCCUUUUAUCUUUUUCAUCUUUCGCUCCUUUGUGCACUCUGGAGAAGGAGGAGCUCAGGACCAAAGAGAAGAAGAAAGUGAUGUCAGCAAAUUCUCUGCAAGAAGAAGUAAUGGAGAGCACAAAGAGCACGACCGGAGCCGACUGUGUUUACCCUGCCCGCUUCAUGGAAACGCUCUGAGCCAAUCAGAGCUCGCUGCCAGCCAGCCAUGGACUGCACAGCAGCUGUUUUGAAAGCGUGUGCCCGCUCCAGAAGCAAGUGGUGUGGGCACAGGCGGUCGUCUGUCUGCCACCCGUGGAUGCUCUCGAGCGGAUGUGGUUGUGGUGGAGGCAUUACUGCGGUGGGGGUCGUCACCCACGCCUCGUCUCUACUGCAACGUGUGGCACUGCAUUUGUGCUGCUGCCGGUCUCACGAAGAGAGCUCGGAGCUGUGUCGGGAAUGGGGGGAUCAUCCAGUGGAAGGAGAGGAGAGAAGAGGAAGAGGAGAGGAGGAAGAUGAAGGUGAGGAGUUAGGGCCGCCCCCUUCUGUUGAUGAGGCAGCUGAUGCUCUGAUGACCAGGCUGGGCUUCCUGCUGGGGGAGAAGGCCAUCAGUGGAGAGCAGGAUUCGCCUUACCAUGCCCAGGAUGAUGGACAGAGGAUCUCUCCUUCCUCCAGUCUGGCCAGCAGCAACACCUCCCCCUGCUCCACACUGCAGCCUCCUGCUGGGGGGGAGGGCAACAAUAACAGCAAGCACACCUCCUCCAACCAUGCCUCUGUGGCCUCCCCCACCUCAACUCUGGAGAGCAGAGACAGUGGAAUCAUAGCCACGUUAACCAGCUACUCUGCUGACUCGGCCGCUGAGCGGGAGGAAGGAGCCAAGUACCCCAACGACUGUUACCAUGGCAGCAGCCUCAACCUGUGGCAGCAAGGUGGCCGGUCGGUGGUGGCCUCCACCUCGUCUUCCUGCGUGGAAGCUGGAGGAAACAUGAACAACAGCCUGCUGUACAGGGUGGAGGACAACAUGUCUGCCUCCACUUACAGCCUGAACAAACUCCACCCGGACCGAGGCCCUGGCUCCGCCCGCUCCUCAGACUCUGCCCACUCUGUCACACUCAACCUCAUUCCACGCCCAAACUCAGUGGCUGCUACUAGUUCAGCUCACCUUGAAGAUCUGGCCUAUCUGGAUGAGCAGCAGAGACACUUCCAGUCCAGGACGCCGCUCAGGAUGCCCAGACAGAACUCUGGGAGUCGUAGUCAACAAGACCACAGAGUUCGUUUCACGCCCUCUCUCAACCUGAAGCCACUGAAGUUUGAAAUCCCUGGUCUCUCAUCUGAUUGGCUGUUCACCGGCAGGGAGUGGCUCUUCCAGGAAGUGAACGUCUGCCUCCGUAACAACGACCCAGCGACCAGCAGAGGGGUAGUGAUCAUUGGCAACAUGGGCUUUGGUAAAACAGCCAUCCUCGCCCGUCUGGUGGCACUCAGUUGUCACGGAAACCGCAUGUGGCCAAGCUCAGCCGGCAAUCAGACCAUGCCUAAAUAUGUGGAGGCCAUUUCUCUUUCCCACGACUCUCCGGGAAGAGGAGGAGGAGGGGAUGAAGGAGGAGGAGGAGGAAGUUGUCCAGGAACUCCCGAGAUGAGGAGGAGACAAGAGGAGGCACUGAGGAGGCUAGCUGGACAGGUGGUGUCGUAUCACUUCUGUCAGGCCGAUAACUGUCACACCUGUCUGGUCCCCGAGUUCGUCCACAACAUGGCGGCCACGUUGAGCGACGCUCCUCAGCUGGUUGCCUAUCGAGAGCUGCUUCACCGGUCGCCGCAGCUACAGAGCAUGCUCAGUCUCCGCUCCUGCAUCCAGGACCCAAGCUCAGCCCUCCAGAGAGGAAUCCUGGAACCACUGGAUGCGCUCCACAGAGAGGGGAAGUUUCACGUGGAGGAGUCGGGGCUUAUUGUACUGAUUGAUGGGCUAAAUGAGGCGGAAUUCCACCGGCCGGAUUACGGGGACACACUGACAUCCUUCCUGUCCCGAAACAUCCAGAAAUUUCCUCCAUGGUUGAAAGUCAUCUCCACCAUCAGAACAAGUCAGCAGGACAUCACUCGUUCUCUACCUUUUCACCGAAUCUCUCUGGACCGGUUGGAGGAGAGCAGCGCCAUAGACCAGGACCUGCAGGGCUACCUGAUGCAGCGAAUUCACAGCAGUGCUGAGAUCCAGAGCAACGUGUCGCUGAGUAAUGGCCGCCUCGACAACACGGCGCUGGCCAAGCUGAUCAGCCACCUGAAGAGCCUGAGCAGAGGCUCGUACCUCUACCUGAAACUGACGCUUGACCUGAUAGAAGGAGGAUACCUCGUCCUGAAGAGCUCGAGCUUCAAGGUGGUUCCUGUGAGCCUGGCAGAGGUGUACCAGCUGCAGCUCAACAUGCGGUUUCCCACCCAGUCGUCUUUUCAAAGAGUCCUGCCUCUGCUCAACGUUACGACGGCCUCGCUGCACCCGCUGACCGACCAGCAGUUGUUUGAGGUGGUGAAUUCGGGGUCUCUGAGUGGAGGAACGAUGCAGUGGACGGAGUUCACGCAGCGUCUGGAGCAGCUCUCAUCAUUCUUGCUGCGGCGGAGCGACAACAGCAGGAUGCUAAACCACGCCUCCUUCAGGGAGUGGCUGGUGUGGAGGGAGGAGGGGCAGGAUGACAGGUUCCUCUGUGACCCCAGGAGUGGACACACACUGCUGGCCUUCUGGCUCUGCAGACAGGACGGGAAGCUGAGCCGACAGCAGACGCUGGAGCUGGGGCAUCACAUCCUGAAAGCUCACAUCUAUAAGGGCCUGAGUAAGAAGCUCGGGGUUUCCUCCUCUGUCCUUCAGGGGCUGUGGCUGUCCUACAGCACGACGAGCCUCAGUCCUGUACUCGCAUCGCUGCGUAACCUCUACACCCCCAACAUCAAGGUGAGCAGGCUACUAAUUAUGGGCGGGGCUGAUGUAAAUUAUUGUACUGACGUCCUCAACAACGCCCCCCUGCUGUGUGUGCACGCCCACCUGGGUCACACUGACGCCGUAGCGCUGCUGCUCGACCAUGGAGCUCAGGUGGACGCUCAGUCCAGUGAUGGUCUGGCUGCUCUGGGAUUCGCUGCUGCAGCCGGUCAGCUGGACAUCGUCACCAUGCUGAAUCAGCACAGAGCCAAGGUGGGUCAUGUGGACGGCUCGGGUCGGUCCGCUCUGGUUCUGGCAGCUCAGCGGGGUCGUCUGGAGGUGCUGCGCUUCCUGUUGAAGUGCACUGACUGGAGCUGCAGUUGCUGCUGCAGCCAGAGGGGGGCGAGCAGGAGCACAGCGGUGCAGCAGGCUCUGGUUGCAGCAGCCAGCAUGGGCCAUGCAGAGAUGGUGUCAUACUUACUGGAUCUUCCAGAGGAAGAUGAGGAAGAGGAGCAGAGACCUGAGAUUAAUAUAUACGACAGUCUGUGGGGAGAGACAGCUCUGACUGCGGCGGCUGGACGUGGUCGGCUGUCUGUCUGCAGGCUGCUGUUGGAUCAGGGCGCCGCCAUUGAGCAAGGCAACAGGCAGAGCGUCACGCCGCUGGUGAGCGCCGUCAGACGAGGCCACUGGCAGGUGGUGGAUCUGCUGCUGAACCACGGCGUGGACGUGAACAGGGUGGACCAGCAGAGUCGAACGGCUUUGAUGACGGCAGCCUCAGAGGGACACAUGAGCACCGCUCAGCUGCUGCUGGAUCACGGGGCCUCUCUAGACCAGACCGACCGGGAAGGAUUAACAGCGCUGAGCUGGGCGUGUCUGAAAGGCCAACUGGCUCUGGUCCGAGAGCUGGUGGAGAGAGGAGCGGCCACAACUCACGCCGACCGCAGCGGCCGGACUCCGCUGGAUCUAGCCGCCUUCUUCGGUGACCCUGAAGUGGUCCAGUACCUGGUGGAUCACGGUGCAUCGGUGGAGCACGUGGACUGCAGUGGGAUGCGUCCUCUGGACCGAGCAGUCGGCUGCAGGAACACUUCAGCAGUCAUCGCUCUCUUAAAAAAAGGAGCCAAAAUAGGUCCAGCUACCUGGGCCAUGGCCACUUCUAAACCUGACAUUUUAAUGGUUCUGCUGAGCAAAAUGAUCCAAGAAGGAGACAAACUGUACAAGCAAGGGAAGGUGAGGGAAGCAGCUCACUCCUAUCAGUCAGCUCUCCAGAAGUUUCCAGGAGACGAGCUGAAGACCUUCAAACAAAUGCGAGUGUGUGUGCUGCUCAACCUGUCACGCUGCCGUCGCAAGAUGAACGACUUUAGUCUGGCCGAGGAAUUCGCCACCAAGGCUCUGGAGCUCAAAUCCAAAUCCUACGAAGCCUUUUAUGCUCGAGCUCGGGCCAAACGGAGCCGCAGGCAGUUCCAUGCAGCUCUGGAGGACCUGAUUGAGGCCAGCCGCCUGUGCCCGUCCAACCGAGAAAUCCAGCGGCUGCUGUCUCGGGUCAAAGAAGAGUGUCGACAAGCCGCACAACAACAAGACUCUGCUCCUUCAUCUCAUCAUGUUUAUCAACAGAACGUGGCCAUGUCAAUCAACGAGGCCAGGUGCAGGGAUUCAGGGUGUCUGCAGGUGCAGGACAGGGAGGGGCUGACCGAGGAAGAGGAGGAAGUUGAGAGGGAAGAGGAGGGAAUUUACAGGGAGGAAGACUCUUCUCUUCAGCCUCUACAUGGAUGUCUCUCUGGACCGCCAUCAUCCUCCUCCCUCUCCCCCACUCACAUGCAUCAUCACCUCUACAGUCCCACCCACUCAGCAUCCCUAUCCUCCCCGAGUCAGUCUGCACCUCCACCUACCUCUCCCUCUUAUUCCCAUUUCAGCCCUCCAUCUUCCCCUAUAAAACAUCAUCAGAGAGCUGGCCAGAUGUUUGAAGGUAUGCAACACCACCCGCAGUCGGUCUCAGCCCUCCACCACUCAGAUCAAAACCCGGUGUCCAACCAGAGGUCCCUCCAGAAGCAGAGCCCUGGCCAAGGUCAGUGGCUCCAACAAGCCAUAGGGCAGGUUGUCAGAACCAGUCAGCCAAGUGCUUCUGUCCAUUCCAGCAUGGUUUUGGGAAGUUCUGCCUACUCCCAGUUUGCCCAUCUGCCCCAAGAACUAGCAGAACUGGGAGAAGGUUUUGGCCCAAACCCCUUGGAUGUGAGGCUGAACUCGCAGGUCCCGUCUGGUCUGAGCUCUGGAGUUCCAUAUACAUCAGAUGAGGACCUCGUUGGCCAAACAAGAGCUGAAUCUGCCUAUGGAAGAGGUUCAGGAGCAGAGAGGGGCGGGCUGAACCGGUUUGGCCAGGCUCGACAGUUUAGCCGUAACCAGUCCAAAGCUGCUUACUACCCAAUGGAGGUUACAGAGGCAGCCAUGGGGCCCCCUGAUCGGCUUCAGUCAUCGCACGAUUACCAGUACCACCCCCAGGGUGGGCUUCGUCGCCCACUUAGCACCCACCCAACCUCCUCUGCUGCUCCGCCCCCAAGGCCUCUCAUGCACUCCCAGAGCGUCAGCGUACGUUUUUCCUCCAGCAGCGGAAGCCUUGCUAGUGGGCAGCCGCCUAUCCACGCCUCAGGCUUCAGGACCUCGGCCUCGGCCCAGCACAUGGAGCUACCUUCAGAUUCUGUGGGAGGCAUUACCAGUUACCAUGAUGAUCUUUUUCUAACAUCCUCUCCACAGUCAGAGAUUUGCAUGGCAGGAGGCGGGACCUAUCCUGGGGAGGCGGGCCGCUCCUCAAGGAAUACUCCUUUUAUGGGCAUAAUCGACAAGACUGUGAGGGUGCACCAGCAGUACCAGCAGGCACCUCCUGCCACGUCACCAACUUGCCUCAGCCCAUCUCGCUCUUGGGCCGUGUCUUCAGUGGACACAGUCAUCACCUCACCAAGCAAAAACCCUGCCAACCACGGAGGCUUCCCUCCCCAUCAGCCUUCAUCCAUCGCCUACUACAACCGCAGCAACAACAAUGGCUACCAACUCCACAACAACCAACCAGACUUCUAUGAGGUGGUUCCUGGCAGCAGUCGGCAGAGUGACGGUCCCUGUCAGAUUCCCUCCUAUAUGGAUGUAAAAGUGACCCGGGCGCUGCCGGUUGUCCACAGGACAGGCCCUACGUCCCCGGUCAAACCAAAAAGACCAUUUGUAGAGUCAAACGUGUAGAGACGAAGAAGCUGUUUAGGGAUUAAUGUUAAGCAGCAUCAUCUAAGAUUAAUCAGAACUAUGGAGUUAUGCACUUGGUUGUAUGUAUGUAUUCUUUAGUACUCUACACUGAAACGCUUCAAAUAACAAGCACAUGCUAAACUCAUUUAUUGAACAAGAGGAGGUUUAGCAACAGUUUAUCCUUUAAAGGCGGUUCCUCUCAGACAAGUAAGUAAAACUAAAUAAAAAAACAAAGACUGCUGGGAAGGAGAGGAUCAUAAACUCACCUUUUCGGAUCAGAAAGCACAAGGACAAAGAAGAAGAUAGAAUCUAAACUUCUUUUUCUGGUUUAUCUCUGGUUUAAUGGCAUCUCAGAUACAGAUGAAGCACCACUGUUACUUUUGCUGCUGCCAACGCCUUUAACAAAGACUCUCAUAUUGUGUAUAAAACGCAUAAAUGACACAAAGACUUGAUGUGAAAGGAUGGAUGAAAGUUUUACAAGUGAUGCCAGUUAGAUACCGGUCAGUGACCCAGACCCCAAGCCAUAGGUUUAGAAAAAAGGACAAUACGGUCAUUAAAAGCACUGAAUUCCUGUGCAUAAAACAAAAUAUGUCAUAUUUAUCUUUUUUUUUUUUUUGUAAGUUAUGUGUGUAUUUAAGUGUAUAAACAUUUUUUCCCUUUUUUUAACUUUUGCUUUGAGGGUAAACAUUUAUCUGUUUGCAUACGUGGAGGGUGUCAAUCCCUAAUGAGCAUCCUGUAAAAACGCCUUUUAAAAUUUAUUAUUAUAAUUAUUAUUUGGGUUUAUACCGUCAACCAGAAUUCUUGUUUUCUGUGUUUUGUUUUGUUUUUUUAUACUCCUUUUAUCGUUGUUGUUGAUUUAUCGUCAUAAUUUACACAAGCCUCACAGAUUCCCACUAAUAUCAUAUAGCUGGUCACAAAUUGGAAAAAUGAUCCUCUUGAGCUGCUCACUGGCUUCUCCUGCUGUCACUAUUUAAAGAAUAUUUAUUUGAUGGUCACCUAAUAGAGUGGACCCUUUAAAUAGAGGUGAUAAGAAGAGAAUUAAUACAAAAACUAAAAAUCUAUCAUCUGUGUUGCUAAGAAUGAAAAAAGGCUGGAUUUAGAUCCAGAUAGAUUUAUCUGGAACUGAGGCUGCUGAUUACACUUUGUUAGUUUUGUUUGUGAUCAAUAUCUCCAAGAAAUUCCUGACAGAAAUAUUUCAGAGGUUGUCCAGGCGUCCAUAUGUUGAGGGGUCAUUUUUUCUUGUUUACAUAUGGUGCCGUUGUUGGGAUAAAACGGCUGCUGUG